AUGGCAGAGACCUAUUGGGACAUCCUUGUUGUACCCCAGGCACUGGGCAUGGAGGUGACCAUGGUACCUGGCAAAGGACCCACAUUCCCAGAGCCAUUAAGAGAAGAGCGGGACCUAGAGCGUCUACAGGAUCCAGCGACAGUGGCCUCAGAGCUGGACUAGUUCCAAGCCAUCACUCUUACUCGACAACAGCUGGUUGGACAUGUGCCGUUAAUUGGCUUUGCUGGUGCUCCGUGGACCCUGAUGACAUACAUGAUUGAGGGUGGCAAUUCAAGCACCAUGGCUCAGGCCAAGCGAUGGCUCUACCAAAGACCACAGGCCAGCCACAAGCUGCUUGGCAUACUCACGGAUGCUCUGGUCUCAUAUCUAAUAGGACAGGUGGCUGCUGGUGCUCAGGCAUCGCAGCUCUUUGAGUCCCACACAGGACACCUCGGCCCGGAGCUCUUCGGCAAGUUUGCACUGCCCUACAUAUGGGAUGUGGCCAAGCGGGUGAAGGCUGGGCUGCAGAAGGAAGGUCUGGCGCCAGUGCCCAUGAUCAUCUUUGCUAAGGAUGGGCAUUUUGCCCUGGAAGAGCUGGCCCAGGCUGGCUAUGAGGUAGUUGGGCUUGACUGGACAGUGGCACCAAAGAAAGCCCGGGAGCACGUGGGGAAGACGGUGACCUUGCAGGGGAACCUGGAUCCCUGUGCCUUGUAUGCAUCUGAGGAAGAGAUUGGUCAACUAGUGCAGCACAUGCUGGAUGAAUUUGGGCCACAACGCUAUAUUGCCAACCUAGGGCACGGACUUUACCCUGACAUGGACCCAGAACAUGUAGGAGCCUUUGUGGAUGCUGUACACAAACAUUCACGUCUGCUUCGACAGAAUUAAGUAUAUGCCUUCCCCUCAAGUACCACCAACACAGGUUGUUUCCAGAAGAAUAAACUUCCAGAGUUGGAGUGUAA